UUGGAUUUCUCGAAAAAAUCUUAAGUUAAAUCUCAGACUUAAGUCUGAGUUUUUACUCAAAUUUCUGAGAAAAAUCUCAAAUUUGAGUAAACUCAAAAAAUUGCAUUUCUCGAAAAAACUUAAGUAAUUUUUCUAACUCAAACUCAGAAUAAACUUAAGUUACCUUCUUAGUAGACUUAAGUCCUUUUAAAAAAUCUCAAAUAUGCCCGUAAAAAACAGAAGACAGCGUCGUCGUCGCCGACAUCGUCAGCUUGUAGCUCACAGUCGUUUGGUGGAUAGGGAAAAUCCAUUAGAGGUCAUGACAGAGGCUGAGGUUUUUCAGAGAUUUCGAUUUAGGCCCGCAUCUGUGUUAUACAUCGUGAAUCUCCUUGUCCCAUUUCUACAGCGACAGACCCUCAGAUCCUGUGCUCUUACCCCUUUACUUCAAGUUCUUUGCACACUGAGAUUUUUAGCUACUGGCGGCUUCUACUCUUUCGUAGCCGAUACAUUUUCCUCAAUUUCCCCAUCCUCCGUCUGCCGGGCAGUGAAAAGCGUUUGCCAAGGAUUGUGUCAGCUAUCCAGACGAUUCAUCCAAAUGCCCACUGGUAAUCAGGCAGACGAAGUGAAAGGCAGAUUCCAUUCGAUAGCAGGUUUUCCUAACGUACUUGGUUGUGUGGACGGCACAUUUAUUAAGAUUCAAGCACCCUCUGAGAAUGAGUCAGAUUUUGUCAACAGGAAAGGGUACCAUUCUUUAAAUGUGCAGAUGAUAUGUGAUGCAGAGUUUAAAAUCCUGAACUGUGCUGCCAAAUGGCCUGGCAGUGUUCACGAUAGUAGGAUUUUUCGUGACAGCCACAUAUCUGUUGCUUUUGAAAAUGGAAGAUAUAAAGGUUUUUUGCUUGGAGAUUCUGGAUAUCCCUGUAAACCCUACUUGAUGACACCUUUUCCUGCUCCAUCAACUCCAUCUGAAGCUAAAUACAAUAAAUGUCAUGCUAAAACUAGAGUUAUCAUUGAGCAAACUUUUGGUAUCCUGAAGAAGAGGUUCUCCUGCCUUCACAGUGGAUUGAGAACCACACCACAGAAAGCUUGUGACAUAACUCUCAGCUGUGCAGUUUUACAUAACAUAGGGAUUGAUAGAAAUGAUAUUUUGGAUGUUGAUGAUGGAUAUAUUAAUCAAGGGGAUAUUAAUUUAAAUAUCAGAGAUCAGUGGGAUGGAAAGAAUGUAAGAAAUUAUAUUUGUCAGUCUUUCUUUACUUAAUGUUAAGUCCUAGCCACUGAAGAGCAUUGGUUGUGCAGGUAGAAUAUGUGGUCUGCCCUCCUAUAUGUAAAAUGAAAAAAAAAAAACAGA